AUGUCUGCUGCUCCAGAAGCCCCAAAGAGAAACUUCGGUAAGAGAAGAGGUGGUCCAAGAAGAGGAAGAAGAGAAGAAGAAAAAGGUUGGACUCCAGUCACCAAGUUAGGUAGAUUAGUCAAGGCUGGUAAGAUCACCACCAUUGAAGAAAUCUACUUACACGCUUUACCAGUCAAGGAAUUCCAAAUCAUUGAUUUAUUAUUACCUGAAUUAAAGGAUGAAGUCAUGAAGAUCAGAUCUGUUCAAAAGCAAACCAGAGCUGGUCAAAGAACCAGAAUGAAGGCUGUCGUCGUCAUUGGUGACUCUAACGGUCACGUUGGUUUAGGUAUCAAGACCGCCAAGGAAGUCGCUUCCGCUAUCAAGGCCGCCAUUGUUAUUGCCAAGUUAUCUAUUAUUCCAAUCAGAAGAGGUUACUGGGGUUCUAACUUAGGUGCUCCUCACUCUUUACCAACCAAGGUUACUGGUAAGUGUGGUUCCGUUGCUGUUAGAUUAAUUCCAGCUCCAAGAGGUAAGGGUAUUGUUGCUUCCCCAGCCGUCAAGAAAUUGAUGCAAUUAGCUGGUGUUGAAGAUGUCUAUACUUCUUCUUCUGGUUCUACCAGAACCACCGAAAACACCUUAAAGGCUGCUUUCGUUGCUAUUGGUAACACUUACGGUUUCUUAACUCCAAACUUAUGGGCUGAAACUCCAUUAGCUCCUUCUCCAUUAGAAGUUUACUCUGAAGAAACUGUUGCUGGUAAGAAGAGAUUCUAA